CUCUGGCCAGUACUUUGAUGGAGCAGUACAUGAAGGCCACCGCCACUCCUUUCGUCCAUCACGCCCUCAAAGACACCAUACUGAAGGUCAUGGAGAGCAAGCAGUCCUGUGAGCUGAACCCGUCUAAACUAGAGAAGAAUGAGGAUGUUAACCUGAAUCUAGCUCACUUACUCAUCAUCCUGUCGGAGCUGGUGGAGAAGAUAUUUAUGGCUGCUGAGAUCUUGCCCCCGACCCUGAGGUACAUUUAUGGCUGUCUUCAGAAGUCUGUGCAGCAGAAAUGGCCUACCAACACUACAAUGAGAACCCGAGUUGUGAGUGGUUUUGUCUUCCUAAGGCUCAUCUGCCCUGCCAUUCUCAACCCCAGAAUGUUCAACAUCAUUGCUGACAAAAUCAUUAACAACUAA